AUGACUGGCACUUUCGUGGCGUCUCUUGGCCGGCAAGGAGUGUGGUUCACGGGAUGUGCUAUUCCUGAGAGGCUGGAGCGCGCGCGUGAGACGCCGUGCCCCGUGCUGGGCGAGUACACGGGCGUGAUCCCCGACGCGCAGGGCCUGUGCGCGCGCCUGGCGUCCGACUGCGCCUCGCCCGAGGCCAUGUUCUACGCCGUCUCCGAGUGCACGCAGGCCGAGGUCUACGAAGGAUCUCCCAUCCGUACUUGGCCAGUGUGCCGCGGCCGACAGUGUUCUCACGUUUUUCCCACCGCUUGCCACAAGCUCACUGCAUGCGCACCCUUUCUCCCUUGGGACGUCAGGACGUCAUUGCCAGCUGCUAAUGAGAAUGUCAGUGAAAUGAAGUCAAUUGUUUGGCUUUGGCUGGAUUGUGAGCCGCUGAGGCUGACGGAGGCGUGGUGUUGCAGCGCCGCCGCGUGGGCCGGGCGCUGGUCCCGGAGGGGCGCCGGCGGCGGGGCCUCGUCCCCUGCCGACCCCCGCCGCGCUGUUGCUGCCGCUGCUGCUGCUGCUGCUGCCGCCGCCGUCGCUGCUGCUGUCGCCCUUCAGGGCGCUGGGGCUGGCGUCGCCCCGCGCGCUCUGAACCCUGGCCGAGGCCGGAGCGCUGGGUCGUUCCUCCUUCUCCUUCUCCGCCGCCGCCGCCGCCGGCGACAGCAGCUGCUGCAGUCCGCGAACCAAAGCGAAGACGGUUGUGAUUCUCCUUGGAGUGACGCGCGCCGUUUCGUCGGCUGUGGCACGUCGCUACACGUCAGAGAUUUCUAUAAUGAAACCAUGGGAAAAGUUAGUAUGCAGGCAGCGAAACUUGAAGGACUUGCAGCAUCUGCAGCACGAACGCUGCUGAGGGCAUCUGAACUGGAUGAGGUGUCUGGUGCUGAAGCAGAGGUUGAAGCUGGGCAAGACACGCUGCCUUCCUCUGGUGUGGUAAGAACAGGCUCCAUUGUGGGCGAUGGAGAGGGCAAGCUGGCUUCUGAUACCAGACUGCCAGCUUUAGAAGAAGAGUAUACACGGAAUUCCCUAGAGAAAGCAGAAAUGACAGGGGUCUUGAUUAAACAAUUAUCAGAAGAAACUUAUUAG